AUGAAUACCAUGUCACAAAGGGUGGCGGCGACGGCGACCAGCCCUACUGCCGCCAGCCAUCGCACGGCCACGAGCAGCAGCGCCCCAUCCCCCAUCUCGUCGAGAAAGUCUUCCUCUUCCAGCCAGCGGGCGGCUAGGGACGAUCGCCAUGACCCCAGACGGACGCACGGCAAGCAGCCCUCCUUUUCCAAGCCGCCGCCAUCGCCCUCGUCCGCCGCACCAUCCUCCCGCGUCGUCUACGGCCCCGGCACCAUUGUCCGUCUGCCAACCGAACUGGGCCGCCUGGGCCUGUCGUCGCCCUUGAUUGUCGUCAGCCCCUCGCGCAUGGCCACGGCCCGCCACAUCCAGAACCUCAUCCCCAACUUCGACUCGCAAAUUCUCGACUCGGCCGUCGUCAACGUCAAGGCCCAGAUCGUCGACGACGCCGUCGAGAGGGUCACGGAGCGAGACUGCGUCAUCAGCGUUGGUGGUGCCUCGGCUGUUGGCCUCGCCCGCGCCGUCAGCAUCCGCAAAUCCAUCCCGCACAUCUGCAUCCCCACCACGUACAGCGGCUCCGAAGUCCUCCAUCUCUUUGACUGCGACGUUCCCAUCCCGACCGGCCAGCCCGACGGCGGUGCGGCGAGCGCGGCCGCUUCUAGACGCCCAAGUAGCAGCAGGCACAGCAUCGGCAGCCCGCAGAGCGAUAACAGGAGCCGCACGAGCGGCAGCAAGAACAGCUCGAGACAAAGCGUUGUGAGCGUCGCUAGUCGUGACGCCAGACAACGAGUCAAGCCGACUGUCAUCAUAUACGAUGAAGAACUGACGGCUGCUGUCCCCAAACGCGUCUUCAUCCCUGCCAACAAUUCAGGUCGGCAACCACGGCCGGACGAUGAUGCUCAAAGCCCUUCAUCCAAAUGGAGCUUCAUGCAGCUGCCAGGCAUAUAA